AUGGUUCUCUCAAAGACUGCUUCAGAAUCGGACGUCUCCGUCCACUCCACCUUCGCCUCUCGCUAUGUUCGCUCUUCUCUUCCAAGGUUCAAGAUGCCAGAGAACUCCAUACCAAAGGAGGCGGCGUACCAGAUCAUCAACGACGAGCUCAUGCUCGACGGGAACCCAAGGCUGAACCUGGCUUCGUUUGUGACAACAUGGAUGGAGCCAGAGUGUGACAAGCUCAUGAUGGCUGCCAUUAAUAAGAACUACGUCGACAUGGAUGAGUACCCUAACCGGUGUGUGAACAUCAUCGCACAUCUGUUCAAUGCACCGCUGGGAGAUUCGGAGGCGGCAGUAGGGGUGGGAACAGUUGGAUCGUCGGAGGCUAUUAUGCUGGCUGGCCUAGCUUUCAAGAGGAAGUGGCAGAAUAAGCGUAAAGCAGAGGGGAAACCUUAUGACAGGCCCAACAUCGUCACAGGAGCCAACGUGCAGGUGUGCUGGGAAAAGUUUGCCAAUUACUUUGAAGUGGAGCUAAAGGAAGUAAAGCUGAGGGAAGGUUACUAUGUGAUGGACCCUGUCAAAGCUGUGGAAAUGGUAGAUGAAAAUACCAUUUGUGUUGCUGCAAUCUUGGGCUCAACCCUCAAUGGUGAAUUUGAAGAUGUGAAGCUAUUGAACGAUCUUCUAAUGGAGAAGAAUAAGCAGACGGGAUGGGAUACCCCAAUUCAUGUAGAUGCUGCUAGUGGUGGAUUCAUUGCACCCUUCCUAUACCCAGAGUUGGAGUGGGACUUCAGGCUUCCAUUGGUGAAGAGCAUAAACGUGAGUGGGCACAAGUAUGGUCUAGUGUAUGCUGGUAUUGGGUGGGUUAUCUGGAGGAGCAAGGAGGACUUGCCAGACGAGCUUAUCUUCCACAUCAACUACCUCGGAGCCGACCAACCUACGUUCACUCUCAAUUUCUCUAAAGGUUCUAGCCAGGUUAUUGCACAGUACUACCAACUCAUCCGCCUGGGUUAUGAGGGAUAUCAAAAUGUGAUGGAAAACUGCCGUGAGAACAUGCUUGUGCUGAAAGAAGGAUUGGAAAAGACAGGGAGGUUCCACAUAGUGUCAAAGGACGAUGGGGUGCCACUGGUGGCUUUCUCCCUCAAGGACAACAGCCAACACAAUGAGUUUGAGGUGUCAGAAAUGCUGAGGAGGUUCGGCUGGAUCGUGCCUGCCUACACCAUGCCUGCAGACGCACAGCAUGUUACGGUGCUACGUGUUGUUAUAAGAGAAGACUUCUCCCGCACUCUGGCAGAGCGCCUCGUCCUUGACAUCACCAAGGUUCUCCACGAGCUCGACGCCCUUCCUGCCAAGGUUAAUGCCAAGAUCUCUGCCCAGAAAAACACCAAGGCCAAUGGAACCGUCCGUAAGAAAACGGCACUGGAGAUGCAGAGGGAAAUCACUCAAACGUGGCUGAAAAUGGUGAAGGCUAGGAAAGCCGCAGUUUGCUAG